AGAUGUGCUAAGGUUGAUGAGGACACGGAACUUUUUACACCUCAUCUUGAGCUACCCCAUGAGAAUCGGGUAUGAACACAUGCUGGAGAAAUGGAUCAAUGAUGAUUUGAGGGGAAGUGUUCAUCCUUUCUCUGAAAGGCCACUGAAAUAUGUAAAAGCCCUUAUACCACGGAAGAUAACAGAAGAGAGCAUAAACGGAGGCAGCGUCAGCAUGGGGACAUCUCUCAAACAUGUGCCCCAACCUAUUCUCCUCUUAGCUACUCGUCUUGCCAUAAACCAACUCACUCAAACAUUAACUUUAGACACUCUAUCCCAUAGUCGGUUGGCCCUUGAGGAGAUUCAAAACAUCCUGUUUUUGACCAGAGAUGAUGCAGAAAAACGAACUGUUGUGGCAAACAUAGAAGCAAAUUCUCGAAUUCGUGAAACAUUUGGUAAUGUCCAAAUCAUUGAUCUGAAUCAGAUUGAUGAUGAGACCAAAAGAGAGCAAGAGUUCUUAAAUCUUGAAACAAGGCUGCAGCAAUCUACCAGUGUAGAGUCGCCGACAAAGAAUUAUACAAGAAGCAGACAGUUAGUGCUCGUGGUGGAUGGAGAUGUUGAUAAAAAACUAGACCCCCAGAAGGUGAGUUUACCAAAUAAAAGAGAUUCUGGAGAUGUCGUGGUGUUUAUAACAACACUAUCAUCAGGACAGCAAAACGAUGAAUUGAGUCUGAAAAUGGAUUUGACGAUCAAGACAGAGGACCAUUUGUUGCCUUGGGAGGUCUUCUGCAAGAAUGUUGGUAGUGAGCUUCUAAAUUCAUCUAUUCACAUCCAAAAAAUUGCUGUGCAAAUGGUGGAGAAAUGUGGUGGCCAUCUUCUUGCCAUCAUUCUUAUGGCGAAGUCACUGAAAGAUAUAAAAGAUGUUCAAACCUGGGAACUUGCAUUGGAUAAACUGGGUUAUGGUGAUCGUGAACCAAUAGUGAAUGCAUUCUUCAACAUCAUCUGGCCAAAUGUAAUUUCUGAAACAGAAAAGGUUCGUCUUAUAAGGUGUUUGAUGGUCCUCAAAUCCUCAGAUUGGAAGAUAAGUCAUAGUCAAUUGUUUGAUUACUGGUUUUCUGAAAAAUUAGUGGACACGGAAGGAGAAGCAAAAGGCACCUUACAUUAUUUCCUGGAAUGUUCUGUCUUCUUGAAAACUGAAGAGGCCGUAGGUCGGUAUAUCCUAUUGCCCGAGGGUAUUAAUCUUAUCUUACAUGCAAUUAGGUUGGAAAUUCCUGAGAACUUGAGUAAAGAAGCAUCGGUAUCAACAAUUUCAAACCUCCAAGUUUUAAACUUAUCCAACACUCACAUGCAAAAUUUAUAUGAUGUAAAUAUCUCUUAUGGACAUAAAAAAUUGAAUUUGGAAGGUUGUAUGCUGGAAACAUUGCCAGAAGCAAUAUUUGAUGAUCUCCAGAAGCUUGAAACUUUGUCUUUGGAACACUCUUUGCAACUGCAGAAGCUACCACCACAGAUUGCUAAACUUGAGAAUCUUACAACAUUGAGGUUGGCAGGGUGUAAGCGACUGGAGACACUACCACAAGAAAUUUGGGAACUCCAGAAUCUUGAGACUUUGUCUUUGGAACAUUGUUCACAAUUGCAAGAAUUGCCACCACAGAUUGCUAAACUUGUGAAUCUUAAGACAUUGAGGUUGGAAGGGUGUAAGCGACUGGAGGCACUACCACAAGAAAUUUGGGAACUCCCGAGUCUUGAGAUAUGUGAUCUUUCUGGCACUCAGAUUACACAUCUUCCGGAGCAUUUGAAUCUUCCCAAACUAAGAAGUCUGUCUAUGGGAAACAACCUUAAUUUGAGGAAUAUUCCGUUCUCAUUUUUUGGACAUGUGCCUCAACUUAUCAUCCUUGACCUGUCACGCACUAGCAUACAUGAACUCCCAAGUUCAAUUUGCAAUCUAAAGAUGCUUAGAGAAUUUUAUCUAAAAGAUUGUGGACUUUUUGUGAAACUUUCACCAGACAUUGGCCAACUUGAUAAUCUUACCACACUUGAUCUUGAUGGCACUCUGAUCACACAUCUGCCAGAGGAGAUAAAAAAUUUGGGCAAGUUGGAAAGUCUAUCUCUUUCAUUUUAUAAUGAUGAUGAUUCUAGCUGUGCAAUGAUUCCUCUUGGUUUUCUAUCCCAGCUCAAUCAAUUGAAAGCUUUAAGGAUUGCUGUUAACCCAGACAAUAAAUGGUGGUUCAAAAACGUUGAACGCAUUCUUGCGGAAACCAAUGGAUUAAAGAAGUUACAAGCAUUGGAUAUGUAUAUCCCAAUUAGAGUUAAUUUGAAUCUCAAAGAAAGGUGUCUGUCUAGUUUUAGAUUCAUUAUCAGCAAUCACAAGCCAGGAAUGAUGUCACGUGUACCGCCUGCUAUUGAAGAGAUGUUUAAAGAAAGUAGUCCUAGCUUAAAGUUUGUAAAUGGUCAAGUAUUUCCAGAUGAGGUGAAGUCCAUUCUCUCUAAAGCCUGGGCAUUUUUUUUGGACCGCCACAUGACCAUCAACAAUCUUGCCCAAUUGGGGUUGAAGAAUCUGACACAGCUGCAAUUAUGCAUUUUGGCAGAAUGUAAUGAAAUGCGGAGCAUUGUAAAUUUGGAUGGAUAUGGAGCAAGCUCAUACCUGAAUGAAUCGUUUUGCAUGCAAUUUUUGACCAUAUUCUACAUGAAAAAUCUGAGAAGCAUCAUUGAAAAUCCAAGUAAUGUUGGCAAUUCCAUUUUCCAUCAACUGAAGUUGUUGGCACUGCGCACUUGCCCUAGGUUAACUACCAUAUUCACUGUGGAUUCCCUGCAAAGUCUUGACAACUUAGAAGAGCUUAUAGUUGAAGAUUGUGCCAAAGUAAGUAGCAUCAUAAGCUGUCCAUCCUCCUCCAAACCAACAACGACAACAGGCAUUUUCCUCCCAAGAUUGAGGAAGUUAUCACUUCUCUUUGUGCCUGAACUGACUAGCAUUUCAAAUGGGGUGUGUAUUGGGAAAAGUUUAGAGGAGAUGGGACUUUAUUACUGUCCAAAACUUCAGAGUCUUUCCACUACAGAAUUGUCAAUUGAAAGGCUAAAGGUGAUAAGAGGAGAAACAAAAUGGCGGGAUGCACUUAAUUGGAGGAGAGAAGAGUGGGGACAAGAAGACGAGCCUGAUCAAUUCGAUAAGGUCUUUGUUCCAAUUGAUGAAGACCUUGACAUCUUCACUCAACUGACAACAUACGAGCUGAUCACGUCUUUCAUUAAAGAAAAUGAUUCAGAAUUACCUGGUCGGGAGUUGAAGGCCUGAUCUUUGCCUGCAUCUGAGGAUUCGAAUAUUCGAUUUUACUUCGCUUUCUCAGAUUCCCCAUAAAACUGUUGUAAUGUUGUUUUGUGUGUUUUGAACUGUUUCCUUUGAUCUUCCUGUUUUUAGAGUUGAUUUAUUGUUCCCGUUUUAAAAGCUUGAACCACUAUACUUUCUUUUUAAAUGGCAAUGCAUAUGUCAGUGUGUGAUGGGAUUGUCCUUUAUAUUGUUCUAUGUUAAUAGACAGAAAUCCUUGUGUGUACUUAUGUGAGUUUAUCUUAUAUUAUUGUGACUCU